AUGGAAGGGGCCCCUGUCAUCACCCUGCCCCCAGAUGGCUGGUUGGAGCCUCCUCUCACCGCAAGAAAAUGCCUCUGGUCCCCACUCCGCCCCCCGGCCCCCCUCCCUUCCCCGUCCGGGGGCUCGCGAACUCCGGCGCCCCGCCCACCCCAAGGCAGCUCAGCCUUGCGGACCCCGCGCAACACCGGCCACCGCAGAUCGCCGAUCGCUGCGGCUGGGAAGGAGGGUGUUCGCGGUGCAGCGCGGCUGGCAUCUGCGGCUGCCCGGUGGGCCCUCCGCACCGACUGCCCCCGCGCGCGUUUCUCCGUCCGUCGAUCAGUGGGUCGGCGCAGCUUGCUAGAAGCCCCUGGCUCCCGGCACCCUCUCGGAGGCGACACCAGACCGAUGGCGGCUCUGUCGGCGGCGGCGGCGGCGGCGGCCCUGUCGGCCCUGGGGGUGCGGCUGUCGCGCUCGGCGGCGGCCCGCGGCUCGUACGGCGCCUUCUGCAAGGGGCUCACGCGCACGCUGAUCACCUUCUUCGACCUGGCCUGGCGGCUGCGCACCAACUUCCCCUACUUCUACGUGGUGGCCUCGGUGAUCCUCAACGUCCGCCUGCAGGUACACAUUUAGGGCAACUGACUUUGUGGCAUUCGGGGGUCCCGGAAGGAUGGCUGGCUUCCACCUCCGGCUCCCCCGCUCUGGAGCACAGCGGCUAGUAGAGUCGCGCGGCGGACUCGCCGGGCUGC